AUGAAUUUUACUGUGAGAAUCUUUGAUACAAGAGCAUGUUGGGAUGAGCAUGCUUUUAUUGUCACGUCUUCACAAGAACCACCCAACAGCUUGGCUUCCAACUGGUUUGAACAACAAAAUAAUAAGACCACAAGAGAUAAAGCUUCAUCACCGAAUCCUGAUAAGUCUAGUGAGAGUGUAAGAGCAAUUGCAAGGGGAAAAGCAUAUGCAUUUCACUCCCAUAAGCCUUAUUUUGUGGCUGAAAUUAAAGCAUCCAAUGUAGGCAUGCCAUGCUGUUUUCAUAUAAAGAGGUCUUUUGCAAAGUAUCUCCCAAAACAUCAAGAACAAAUUGUCUUACGAGUUCCAGAAGGUGGAAGGUGGGAGGUGAAUUACUACUAUACUGAAAGAAAUAAGGGUUUAUACGGAGGAUGGAGUGCAUUUUCCCGCGACAACAAUCUUAUUGAAGGAGAUUAUUGUGUAUUUGAGCUUGUAAAUGAAUUAGAGAUGAUGGUUUACAUUUUUCGUUGA